AUGUUAGAUGGCGAAUGGCUCGUGAAAUUUCAUGCUCCUUGGUGCCCAGCUUGUCGACAGUUUUCACCGGUUUGGCAACAGCUAUCUGAUGAUGCUUCUAUCAAUGCUCUUGUAGCAGAUGUUGACGUAACCGAAAGUCCUGUUCUUAGUUUCAUAUUUUUUGUCAAGCGAUUACCAACUGUCUACCAUGUAAAGAAUGGCCUAUUCAGAGUUUAUGAAGGUGCAAGGACUUUUGAUGAUCUUAAAGUUUAUAUGAAGUCUGAAAAAUAUGAAACCGAAACACCUUUACCAUGGUAUUAUUCACCAGCAUCUUUUCAUAUGCAUAUGUUCAUACGUUUCAUGGAUCUUGGCAUUUUCAUCACGAAUACUCACCAAGCAUUUUUAGAUGCUGGCUAUAGUAACUGGAUGUCAUUCAUAAUCAUUGGUCUAUCGACUAUAUUUUCUGGACUUUUCAUUGGACUUAUCCUUGUAUUGAUUUUUGAUUGUUUCUUCCCACCGCGUCCACAAAUUCUAAGGUUUAUCAGUAAGCCUAGAAAAGUGGAAGAAAAUGAAGAAACAGAAAAAUCUAACUCAAAUGUUCAUGAAGAUUGUGUAGCAGAAGCGAAUUUAGAUGAUGAGAAUACGGAAAUUCGUCAAAGAAAGGUUGAUAAUAACGAGGUCCAUGAUUCAUGAUCUGAUAAAUUGCACAGAUAGUUACAUAAGUUUUUUUUCUAAUAUCACUAUUUUAUUUUUCUCAAUUAUCUUGGUUUUUGAAUUCUUCCAGAUAACUUGUACGUAGUAUUUUAUAUUUGGUUGUCAAACUUCAGUUUAAUGUAAUCAUUUAUGUAUUAGUGUGUAAGCUUUAAAGGUUAACUGAAUGUAAAAUAAGCACGUACGAGUACAUUAGAUAAUUAUUACUAUAUUUACAAUACUCUGACUCAAUUGUAAACAUUUGUCUGUCUAAAUAACACCAGUAUAAGAAGUCGUAAAACUAGCAGUUUUCCAGUUAUUGAACUGUUUUAAAACUUUGAGUGAGUUUUGUUUCUUUUUUUGUUGUGAAGUACCAUCAUUUCGAAAAGAGGAGAAUGAAGAAAUUAAAAUCUA